AUGUCAAGUUUUCGCCCACGUUAUGAACAAGCGAGAUCUAAAGUCCAUGAUCGUCUAACACAGCCGUCGAGCUGGAAAUUACCCAAGCAGAAAAGCAGCAUCGCCCCCCAAAAUGUGUGGUCCAAUGCCGACCAAGAUCCUGUCCCUCCUGAGAAGAGAACAUGGGACGGCUUUGCUUUUGUCAUGUACUGGUUUUCGGACCUUGUCACCGUCAGUGGCUGGUCUGCUCCAGCCUCCAUCUUGACGGUGGGACUUACAGCCACCGAUGCAAUCCUCAUUACUCUAGUCGCGGCUAUUUGCAAUGCCAUCCCCACCGUCCUCAAUGGCGCCAUUGGUGCGAAUCUUCACGUGCCUUUUCCCGUUGCCAUCCGUGCCAGCUAUGGCUACUGGCUCAGUUAUUUCUGCGUGGUCUCUCGUGGAAUUUUGGCCAUGUUCUGGUUUGGAGUCCAGGGUGCUUUUGGAGCCGCAUGUGUUACUCCGAUCAUUUGUGCUAUCUGGCCAAGCUAUGCGCACAUCAAGAAUACCCUCCCGCCAUCAGCUGGCAUCACCACUCAAGGGAUGGUCUCGUACCUUCUCUACAACCUCAUUCAAUUUCCAUUCCUUCUCAUUCCCACCCACAAAUUGAAGUUGAUGUUCAUGAUCAAGACAAUUGCCGUCCCGCCAACCGCUUUGGCUAUGGUCAUCUAUGUCAGUGUGAAAGCUGGCAAUGGAAGCUCCUUCUUCAAUCAACCAAGCUCUGUACAUGGCUCCACUCGAGCCUGGCUCUGGUUGAGCAACCUGACCUCCGUGACCGGUGGAUUCUCGACACUUGCCGUGAACAUCAGUGAUUUUUCCCGUUUCGCGAAGACACCUGGUGCACAAGUGUGGCAAUUACCUUUUAUCCCCUUUUUCAAGGUCAUCGUUGGAGUUUUCGGCGUGGUGGCCGCCAGUGCUACUACAACUCUCUAUGGACAGACUUUGUGGAGUCCAAUAGACAUUAUCAGUCAGUGGAAUGACAGCGCUGGUGGACGAGCGGCGAUGUUUUUCUGCGGCCUUGUCUGGCUCCUGGCGCAAAUUUGUGUUAACAUCUCCGCGAACAGUGUGUCAUUUGCAAAUGACAUUACUACUCUCUUUCCAAAAUGGUUCAACAUUCGUCGUGGAGUGAUUUUUGUCUCUCUCAUCGGUGGAUGGGCGUUGUGUCCGUGGAUCAUUAUCAAAUCGGCCACCACAUUUUUGUCUUUUAUGGGAGGCUACGCCAUUUUUAUGGCUCCAAUCGCCGGAAUCCUCUUCUCAGACUAUUGGAUUAUCAAAAAGCGGAAGUACGAUGUGCCCGCUCUCUACGAUCCACAUGGCAUCUACCGAUACAAUAAAUUUGGAUGCAACUGGCGCGCCUUGAUUACCAACCUUGUUGUGGUGGUGCCCUUAUUACCCGGGUUGGCCAAAGCAGUCUCCCCGGAUACUGUGCAUAUCAAUUCGGGCUUGCAGCAUCUCUACUCAAUCAACUGGUUAUAUGGUUUUUGUCUGAGUAUCUUCCUCUAUGUGGGCUUUAAUUUUGUACGGCCAGACUCCAGAACCUUGAUUGACAGAAUCGUGUAUGGGACUCCAGUCUACGAUGGCACCGAGGCGGAUGCCGAAACCAACGGGAGUGACCAUGAGAAGAAAGGGGUGGUGGAAUCUGUCACGACGGGGAAACCAGAUGCAACAAUGUGA